AACUGCAAUUUCUUUUUUAUCGGUGUUGAUAUCAGUAUGAAUACUCACUUAAAGACUGUAAAGCUAACUUUGAAGGGAAAAAAUCCUGUGACUAUGGAUCACCUGAGUGUGAGGGGGAAUAAUAUCCGCUAUUACAUCCUUCCUGAUAGCUUGAAUCUCGAGACUUUGCUUGUGGAAGAGACACCUCGGGUCAAGCCCAAGAAGCCCACUGCAGGAAGAGCUGUGGGACGGGGCCGUGGCCGUGGCCGUGGGCGCGGGCGUGGUAGAGGCCGCUAAGUAUGGUUCCCAUCAUCUAAUUUUUGCUGGCCGUUUGUCAUGUAAACAUCUGUAUUAAGAACUGAACUAGCUAAAUGACUUGAAUAUGAUCUGUGUGUUGUUUCCAGGUAAAGAUCAUUUUAAUCUUAAUUGAGAUAUCAUGUAUCUUUCUCUUUUUCA